AUGGCUCAAAUCGGCAAUACAAGUCAAAUAUUAGUAGAUACUACAGAUGUUUUUACAACUGAUCAAAAAUUUGCUACACCGGAUGCUGUUCUCACAUGGGCUCGAGAUGUUGGAGAUGCCAACAAAGUCAGUAUUAUCAUUACUCGGUCAGAUAAAAAGAACGGAAUAAGAGGUAGAAAUGACAAGUUGGUUUUAGGUUGUGAUAAAGGUGGAAAGUAUGACUCUUCACAAAGUUUCACGACAACUGCAUCGAAAAAAUGUAACUGUCCAUUUAAAAUUAGAUCUGCACCUUCAACAGAUGGUUCAGGAUGGAAAGUUCAGGUUAUUCAUGGAGUUCACAACCACGGGCUACCUGACCAAUAUCAUGGUCAUCCUCGCAAGGCAUGUUUAACCGCUGAUGAAAACAAACGUGUUCAAGAUUUGACAAAGCGUAAAGUAGCACCAAGACACAUUGUUUUAGAUUUGAAAGAUCAAAAUCCAGAGUCUGUUGUUGAUGCCACACUUGUAUAUAGGAAAAGACACAUGAUGCAAAUACAGGAAAGAGACUCCAGAACAGAGCUGCAACACUUGCUGCAGUUGUUAGACGAUGCAAAAUAUGUCAGCUGGAAUAGAAGAAAAGAUGAUGGCUCCGAUGUUUUGAGUGAUAUUUUUUGGGCGCAUCCAGAUUCAAUCAAGUUGUUGAACUUGUUUCCCAUUGUUUUGGUUAUGGACUGCACAUACAAAACUAAUAAAUAUAGACAGCCACUACUUGAAAUUACUGGCAUAACAUCAACUAACAUGACAUUUGUUGUUGGAUUUGCUUACAUGGAAUCUGAGAAGACGGCCAAUUAUCAUUGGGCGUUAGGUAAGUUGAAGGAAUUGAUUACUAAGCAAGAUAUAUUUCCAUAG